AUGCGUACCGUUUCAUGUUUUCAGCUGAUAUUACGAAAGAUUAAUUUCUAUAAGACAAAUAAGAUGGGCAAGAAAAUAAUUCAACAAAGUGCAGUUAUCGUUUUAUUCAUCUGUUAUCUUUACUUAUCUCAUAUAGAAUCUGCGAUGAUCAUGGAAUCAACACACUUUUUAAAACCAGAGGACGUGUAUGAAAAUGACAAACCUGGAUUACAGAUAUUUUGUCACAAUGCUAAUUCCAAGUAUUUGAUACACAUGUGGAGAAGUUUAACAAUGCAUUUAAAUACAAAUAUAGAUAAUUAUGAUAUUUAUGAUGGAAAAAGUCCACAAGAAGUGAUGGAAAAACAUGAUGAUAAUCAAAGAUCUUGGAACUUUAAUUUCUUUAGUACAAAAAGACCCAAGAAAUUUAAGAUGAAUCCAUUUGAGGAUGUAUGUGUUGGUGUAUAUGUGUAUCCUUCAAACUCACACAAAUACAGAAUAAGUAUGACACAAACACCUAUGGACAUCUCCAAUCUGAUAUUAAUGUUACUUGGUGCUAUGAUAUAUUGGAGCGCUCGUAAAUUAAGCGGAAAUCCUAUAUUUUAUUAUGUAUGCGGGAUUACGCUCGGAGUUACUACUUCAAUUAUAAUUCUAGUAUACUUUGUUAGCAAACUACUACCAAGGGGUAAAAUUAUGUACCUGAUGGUUGCCACUGGUUGGACAAUGAGCUUUUAUCUCAUCCAAGCAUUAUGGGACAACGCUCGAUUGAUCGCAGUACAAUACAGAGAAUACGUCACUUGGUACAUACUGUUAACAUCUCUGAUCAGUUUCGUAAUUUGUUAUCGUUUCGGUCCAGUUACAAAUGUUAGGACGAAGAAGCUUAUCGAAUGGUGCUUACAGAUAGCGGGAUUAAUUAUGAUGUACUAUAGCAGUUAUUUUCACGAAGCAUCAUUCUUUUCCUGCGUCGUAAUUGUUCUUCUUUACAAUUUUCCAAUCGUACUGAUUCGAAGAGGGAGAAGUUAUUGGAAGAGCAUGUUUCCUGACAGAAGGAGGUUGUUAACCGAGAAUGAGUAUCGUAUAGAAGGAAUAAAAGAAACGAACAAAGCGUUAAACGAACUGAAAGGAUACUGUUCCAGUCCCGACUGUAAUCCAUGGAAGACAGUUCUAAAAUUAAAAGAUCCAAUCAGAUUUGCCAAAUUUAUGGAAGGCGAAUCGCAUUUGUCGGAAGACGAAUCACGAGAAUACGAUGCUGAGAUCACAAGAAUUAUAGAGGAAUGCGAGUAUACGGACGAGGAAGAUGAUUUUUAACGAAAUUUACGCAAGGUAACUACCCUUUUAUUAAGACUAUUGCCGACAAGUACAAAAUGAUGUAAAUACGUACAGGGGAUUUCGUCAAAUUUCAUACGACAUUCGUAAACGUUCGAAUUGUAAGAAAUAAAACGUUUACUGACUUAGAAUCAUUUCAUGUAAAAUAGUUAUUUAAAAUGUUUUUUUCAAUAAAACCGGUGACCACGACUUAAUUGUUAGUUGGGUACAAGUAGGUACAGACUUUCCCGUCGAUGUUCGAAUCGAUUCAACAACUGUUUCGCAGUUGUAUUUUACCCAAUACACAACAAUUUCAGUAGAUAAGUGGAAAGUGGUAUGUGGAAGCGCGAACUAGUCGUUAAGAUGCAUGUCGUGACUUGUUAAAAUUUGUCACAGCCCUUCGCGAUCGUAUUCUUAUCUUGUUUGCGUGACUGCGAUUGACCGUAUUCAUUACCCCAUGCAUCCCCCCUAUAGUUUGUUCCAGUUAUACUUUUGCGAAUACGAUUUCAUACCUUAGUUCGUUCCAAUUAAUUUCCAUUUCAUCGAGAGAAAAUAUGUUUGAAAUGCAAGCUACGCGUUUGUACACACGUGUUACGGGCUAGAGAUUUUCACGUGUAACGAGGGAAGAGUCGUGGAAUACCUACCACCGCGAGAUAAACGAGAAAAAGCGAAAGCUUUGUUCAAGAAACCGAAUGUGGGUCAGUAAUCAUCGGAGUCUCCGUUUCUCUUUCUCCUUCUUUCUUUCCUGUUGGAUGGACGGAAUAAAAGCAGGACGGUGAUUGUCGCACGAACAGCGACCAUUUGUUAGUUUUUCCGCCUCCUCCGGGCUUUCCACUUUCCUCUUGUUUCGGUACGACUGGUUUUCGCGCUUCCAACAUCCCAGUUAUUACUUGGCCGUGCAAACAGCUUGGUCCUGUCGUUCCAAGGAAUCGGGAACACGUAAUAACACGCGAAUCCGAGCAUCUCGAUCCUCCUAGUCUCCCGUUUCUUCAUUUCGCUGGUUAACGCAAC